UGUUUCCCCCCGGCGGACGGACUCUCAGUGCGUCAAACCAAAAUGGCUGACCGAGAGGAUUCAGUGAGGGAGUUUGUUACAGUUACAGGUGUAGAGGAAGAGCGGGCCCGGUUUUUCCUCGAGUCUGCAGGCUGGGAUUUACAGCUUGCCCUCGCUAGCUUUUUCGAAGAUGGCGCCGAUGAUGAUAUUGUCACUCUCCCGCAACCAGAGGGCAGUUCUACCUCAAGGUCUACAGCUCCUAGUGAACACAGAGUUACAUCCUUCAGAGAUCUAAUGCAUGAGGAUGAAGAGGAGAGUGAUGAAGAAGAAGGCCAAAGGUUUUAUGCUGGGGGCUCUGAGAGGAGUGGCCAGCAGAUUGUAGGCCCUCCCAAGAAGAAGAGCUCCAAUGAGGUGGUGGAAGACUUGUUCAAGGGGGCCAAAGAGCACGGUGCUGUUCCAGUGGAAAGAGCCUCCAAAGGCCCCGGGGAGUCCAGCAGGGCACGGCCGUUCGCUGGAGGAGGGUACCGCCUUGGCACCGAAUCGGGGGAGGAGUCCGCCUACGUCGCUGGGGAAAGGAAGCAGUCGGAGUCGGCGCAGGACGUGCACGUGGUCCUGAAGCUGUGGAAGACGGGCUUCAGCCUAGACAACGGAGAACUGCGGAGUUACUCCGACCCUGAAAACUCCCAGUUCCUGGAGUCCAUCCGGAGAGGGGAGAUCCCCGUGGAGCUGAGGCGGCUGGCCCGAGGAGGCCAGGUCAACCUGGACAUGGAGGACCACCGGGAAGAGGACUUCUCCAAGCCCAAGACCAUGUUCAAGGCCUUUGCUGGGGAGGGCAAGAAGCUGGGAAGCGCAACACCCCAGGUCAUCGGCUCCAUCGUGGGGACACAGCGAGAAGCUGACGAGGCCCAGGCCUCCAGCGAAAUCAUAAUUAACGAGGAGGAGCCCGUCACCAACAUCCAGAUCCGACUGGCUGACGGGGGGCGUCUGGUCCAGAGAUUCAACCUCACGCACAGAAUCAGCGAUAUCCGCCAAUUUGUGGUCUCUGCGCGUCCGGCCAUGAAAGACGUCGACUUCGUCCUGAUGACCACCUUCCCCAGCAGGGAGCUGACGAAGGAGUCCCUGACGCUGAAGGAGGCGGACCUCCUCAACGCGGUGAUCGUGCAGCGGUUGAAGUGACCGACGCCCGCCGUGGGCCUGCUGGAGACAUCGCCAACUGGGGAGCCGACAGGAGGGAUGGACUUCUUUCUUUAGGGUGUUCUCACCAGUCCGGGUGCGCUGUUGGGACUGAAGAAGAUAGAUAAAAUGCUUUUUAAAGAAACUUUAAUUGACCUCAAGGGGUUCUUCAAUAGUGUUAGACUUCUAGUUCUUCAGAGAUGCAAGUUUCCUACAUCAUGCUCCUCUCCCUUUCAUGUGUAAUUCGUUUGUACCGCUGUAACCCAAUGCCUAAGUCCUUUCAUUCAGAAUCUGCAGUAAAAUGUGCUGGAGGGAGUAAGUGAUUUGUUUUUUACAGGGAUGCGCUAUCUGAAGGGUUGGGGAGGAGGGGCCACAAUUUGUCUGGAUUGCGAUGGUUAGACUUGUACAGGGUGUUCACCCUUUCACCUUCUCUUCCCCCUAACCUUUGAAUGGGUUUUUCAUGACUUUUGGAAACUUGUGAUUAAAACUGAACAUAAUUUAA